AAAGUGAAAAAUUUAUUGUAGGGUAUACUAUAUACAGGGUGGGAUAGAAAUCGUAGUACGACCGGGUAAGAAGUGAUUCUGCAUAAAUAAACAAGAAAAUAAUUUAAUGUUACGUUUCUUCAUCCGUGGCUCUGUUUAAGCGAAAAUCGAGAUUGAAAAUUUGAUAAGCAUACUUAAAUUUGGCUAAUUCUGGACUGAACAGGAGUAGACGAUCAGAAGUUUAAACUACAUGUGAAAAUCAAGAAGGUAGAGUAAAAUUUUUUCAUAAGAUGCUUCGUUUUCCUAUAUUAGGCCAAUUCGUAAUUAAAUAUGUUCAAAUCUUAUUUUCUUGAAAACGAGGCCUUAAGUAGGAAAAUAUUAUUUUACAUUUUUGAUCGAUUUUCGCACGUAGAAUAUUCUCCUGAUGGUUGUUUCCUCGCAUCGAGUCGGUUCAAACCAAGUUCAAAUGUAUUUAACAAAUUUUUAAAGUAGAUUUUCUCAGAAACGAACGAUCGUCGUAUGAAGAAAUUUUAUUUCGUAUUUUCGACUUCUUUUUCAUGUACUCUUUAAAUUUGUUUCGAUGAAAUGUACGAUUUUGUCACUACCUGUGAAAAUAACGAUACAUUUUCGAAGUAUUUAAUAUAUACAUUCCUCGGAUAUAAAAAACUUGUCAAAUAUUCAUCUUACAUUCAUAUAAGAACUACAAAUGUAAUGUAAUGUCAAUAAUAAGAAGUUCGUAAUGUUUAUAUAGAUAAACUUUCGUCACCGUUAAUGUCAAGCAUAGAUAUAGACCGUGUAUCUUACACAUAUAGGAUUUUACGUCACGUGAGUUGGAAUACUGACCUUGAAAAAAUAUAGAAAUUUUGUUGUAUCCUCUAGUAUUUGUAGAGAUAAAUUCGUGCUGUACUUAACGUAACCGCCGACGUACUUAACGUAAUAUAACGUGUUCGCUCAAGUCAAUAAGAUCAGUAGACGUAGAACGAUUCUUUUCCAUGACGUUACAUUAACGAGAACAUAUCACAUAGUAUGAAUCAUCCAUUAAUUAAAACUUAAUAUACUUUUUUAUUACAUCUUAACGGAAGUAAAUAAUAUUGUCUUUUAAGAAGUAAUAAAAAUAACUUCAGUGAUAUAUAUAUUAAGGAGGAGGAUAAUUAAAGUUUUGUUAGAUUUGUAUAUUUAAUAAAUAGUUGAUAGUCAAUUUAUACUUAAGCUCUACUAUGUACGAUAAAUGUAACAGUCAAUAAAGCUAAUAAUAUUUUCUAGUAUUGAUAAGUUAUGAUACCAUUACUACGAAAAUAUAAACGAUUGCAACAUAAACGUGAAAAUAGAGGGAGUUGGAAAUUUUCUCUUAUUUAGUUUCCUUUGUUUAAUCGAUACGUGAACGAUGAGAAGUCAGACGUUUUAACUAUGAUUUUUGCUGGCGAGUAAAAAAAUGGAUAGAAACGAUAAACAUAAAUCAAGCGAAGAAAAUAUGCCAGAUGUUUCCUCGUUUAAAGAAUCGGAGAAGAAUUCUGGAUUAUUUACCGUGUUCCAGUCUUCUGCGAAUAAGUUACCCUUUAAAUUGUGUCGACAACCUCCACGUAGUUACAAAACAAGGAAAGAUGAAAUUCCAUUUUUUAUACCACAUAAGAAGUUGCUCGAAAAGAUCGAGUACAAACCGGAAAUUCGAGAACCGCUGACCGGUUUUAGCGCCCAUCAAGAAAAGAUUAGGAAACAGAUCCACAAACCACGUAUUUCGUUAACAAAAGUAGAAGAGAAGAAGGUACUAACAAAGGACGUCACUUCGGAUACAGGUGUUGAAUCAAAGGAAACAAUUUCGUGGGCUUUUCAAAAAUAUAAAAAGGAAACAGAUUUUGAUGCUCCUAGGUUUAUUGAUCAGUUAGAGUUAAUUCGACAAUUACGAGAGGAUCGCAAAGUAGGAUUUUUUUAUAUGAUUUACGCUGUGGAUCGAUCAUCGAAAUAUUUUACGCCUUACGCUUUAAAGGUUGUUCAGUAUAAAGAUGUAGGUAAAACUUAUAUGACCAUCAGUGCCAGUGGUGUAACUCAGUAUAGUCCAGACGAAAUGAGUUUUACUCCUAUCGAACAUUGGGAAAGAGAAUACAUUUUUUACUUAAAGUUAUUGAAAAUAAGGACAUUCAUUAUGUUUCGAAUGUGGAAAGCUUUGUACGUUUGGAAGAAGUCAGUUAGUUAUAAGAAAUUCGUUAUGGCAAAGAAUUAUUUAAAGGAAAAUCUGUUUGUAUCGGAUUCGAUUCUUAGUAAGGCACUGUUAGAAAUUAAAUCAAUGUGCUCGGUUUUCCUUGAUUCGAGUUUCUUUGACAACUCUAUUCUUGAGAAGAUUUUACUUUUUUAUUUCGUAGAAAAACAGUUUACAAAACUAGAACUGCUUAGAAAUAAGUUAGAUGAGUUUAGAAGAUUAGCGAUAGAUAUUGUAAAUAAUGCUUGCCUCGGUGCUUUAUUAAAUGCUGGAUAUACUCCCGAUGAUUCCAAUAUAACAAUAGAGCAAACUGCAUAUGGAAAACUUGGUGAAUUCGGUGUUGCGAAAUUCAAAAUGCCGAAAGAUGGUAUUCUUAAAAUGAGUUACAUCGAACAAGCACGAAAGAGAGAAAAGUGUUACAGGUUGUCUUGCUUCAUUCAUUUGGUUGAUUAUAUGCAAACAAAUAUGAUGCACGAUCUUUUAUUAAAUACUUAUCGAGAAUUUAUACAACUCUUAAAGAUUUACACGGAAUUUUUACCGAAUGACGAAUCAAUAGAUAACGAUAUAAUCGAUCUUCCAUUAAAAGAAAAUCGCCCACCAUCGCAUCGUAUUCAGUUGCCAUAUUGGGUCGUGGAUUUGCUUAUUUUACCAACUUCAGAAAUUAUAAUGGAUCCGUCCGAAAGUAUUCUCCUUUUCGUAAUAAGAACUAUACAAACUAUGUGGGAGGAGAACUUAUAUGCUAUUAAACCUUUGCUGUCCGAUCCCUUCUUCCAUUCUUUCACGAGGCCCAUGAUCAAUCAUAAGAUAGAAGAGCGUAUUUGCGGUUACCCUCCAGAAGUUCAGAAAGUCUUGGAACAAGAUCCGAUCACGCUAGCUUUUAAGACAGAAUUGAAGGAAAUCUUUGAGAAGAAUUUAGCCGCGAUAAAACGUUAUUGCCAACGAUUCAAUCAGAUCAAACAGUUUUAUUACGAAGACACGACGUUUGACGAAGAUAUUAUCCGAGACAAUCGAGAUGUUAAAUUAUUUCGAGAAUGGAGCAUCCGUUACAAGAAAGAAGUAGAUCUGAUCAAUAACGUAGUCGAUUUUCAGCCAUUCGGUCUCUUUUUCAUUCAACUCGAACGAUUUAAAGGCGCUGCUGAAACUGCUCCCAGAGGGAAAUUAAGUGUUAUUGAAGCCGUUAUGCCUGGACUAGGAAAAAGUCGAGUUGACGCUUUAUUAACGCAAGCGAUUGACGCUAUCAAUUAUCUGGAAACAGUUCCUGUGACGACUGAAGAAUAUGUUGCAUACAUAAAGUUUGUAGACCAAGCUCAACAAAGUGUAGAUGAUAUGGAAUCUCAGUUGGAUUACGUGAAAGAGCUGUACGAUACAAUGGAAGAAUUUGCUUUUCCUAUACCGUCGAUGGACAUGGCAAAUUAUUUGGGUAUUGGAAGUCAUUUUACUAGUUUGCGAUUAGUCGUAGAAAAUAGAUUAGAAGAGAGGCCAAAGCUAAUAAACAAAUUCGAUGCUCAACUUCAGAAAGAUAUCACAGCAUUGAACGAAGAAAUAUCAGAAAUUCACGAUGAAAUAAUGCAACCUUGGCUAUUGGAUUAUGAAAGCGACGUUGACGCCUGUUUGAAUACUUUGAAAGAACUCGAUAAACGAUUAGCUGCCUGUGCAACUAAGGCGGAAGAAUACCGUGCCCAUCAAAGGACAUUCAAGCUCGAACAAACGAGGUUCGACAGUUUAGACCAGGUAAUGAACGAAUUGAAGUUACGUACUUUAUUAUGGGAAAGCUUAACUUCUUGGGAAUAUGCUAUUCAUGAAUGGUAUACCGCCGAGUUCGAUACCUUAGACGUCGAAGAGAUCACUGCGGUUACAAUGCGUACCAUGAAACACAUAAUUCAGUUAGAGAGAGGCUUACCACCGAAUAAAAUUGUACCGAACUUGAAGGAGAAUGUCGAAAUAAUAAGAAAUAAGUUACCGAUUCUUGGUUACUUGAGAAAUCCGGACUUAAAAGAUAGACAUUGGGAGAAGAUUGAGGAAAUAUUGAACUAUACUUUCAAACCUGAUGAGAAGAAAACUUGGACUCGAAUGGAAGAGCUCGGUGCUUUCUUGAAACCUCAGGAAUUAAUGGAAGUUGCUGCCGCGGCAAGCUCUGAAGCUAACUUAGAAAAUAUGUUAAAGAAAGUCAUAGAUACAUGGGAAGAUCUUAAAUUUAUUAUUGUACCCUACAGAGAGGGAAAAGAUGUUUUCAUCAUAGGUAGUCUCGAAGAAAUUCAGACCGCAAUGGACGAAAGUAACAUUAAUUUACAAACUAUCAACGCAUCUCGUCAUGUCGGUCCCAUUCGACCUGUGGUCGAAGAGUGGGUAGAAAAAUUGGAUUUAUUUAUGGUUACCUUGGAAGCGUGGCAAUACUUGCAACAGCAAUGGUUGUAUCUGGAAGCAAUAUUUUCAGCUCCGGACAUUCAGCGACAGUUACCUAUGGAAGCAAAACUUUUUAUCGAGGUUGACAGGUUUUGGAAAGAUCUUAUGAGACGGACUCAUAAGGCGCCUUUGGCAAUGCCAGCUUGCACACAACCAGGAUUAUUAGAACAAUUUGAGGAGAAUAACCGAAUGUUAGACGAAGUAAUGAAAUGUUUGGAGGCAUAUCUUGAGACGAAACGGGUAGCGUUCCCAAGAUUCUUCUUCUUAUCGAAUGACGAACUUUUAGAAAUCUUAGCUCAGACAAAGAAUCCACAUGCGGUACAAAGACAUUUGCAGAAAUGCUUUGAUGCGAUAUACAGACUGGAAUUUGCAAUGAAAGAAAAUGAAUCCGGUGAAAUAGUACUAACGACUGAUAUAGUUGCCAUGAUCUCACCGGAAGGUGAAAAAGUUUCGCUUGGAAAAGGUUUAAAAGCAAGAGGUAACGUCGAAGAUUGGCUAGGUCGAGUCGAGGAAGCUAUGUUUUCGAUAUUAAGGAGAAGAAUGAAAGAGGGAAUAAAAGACUUGGCUGAGAAAGGACGAGAGCAAUUCCUGUAUAUGCAUCCUUCUCAGAUAAUCCUCGCUGUAUGCCAAAUAUUCUGGACCCGAGAUAUCCACAUUAUCUUAGAUUCUACUGAGAAUGUGAUUGAGAAGAUGAAAGCGUUCGAACAGAAAUGUUUCGCAGAUUUAAAUGAAUUGGCGACAAUGGUAAGGAAAGAAUUGCCACAAUUGAUACGCGAUGUUAUAAUUAAUUUGGUAACGAUAGAUGUGCACGCCAGAGACAUCGUUACGACUUUGGUUGAAAAUAGAGUAAUGUCAAGUACAAGCUUUGAUUGGCUAAAAGCGUUACGUUAUUACUGGGAUGAAGAACUCGACAAUUGUUUAACACGUAUGAGUAACUCUAAAUAUCUUUACGGGUAUGAGUAUCUCGGUGCUCAAAAGAGGCUUGUCAUAACUCCUCUAACGGAUAAAUGUUAUUUAUGCCUUAUGGGCGCUCUUCAGUUAGAUUUAGGUGGUGCUCCCGCAGGACCUGCAGGUACUGGGAAAACGGAAACGACGAAGGAUUUAGCCAAAGCAGUUGCUGUUCAGUGCGUUGUGUUCAAUUGUUCGGAAGGACUCGAUUAUAGAAUGAUGGGUAGAUUCUUUUCUGGUCUGGCAACUUCUGGAGCCUGGUGCUGUUUCGACGAAUUUAAUAGAAUAGAUAUAGAAGUGCUUUCCGUAAUAGCUCAGCAACUAAUUACUAUCAGAAAUGCUAAAAUUGCUAGAGCCAACGAAUUCAUGUUCGAAGGAAGAAUGAUCAAAUUGGUGAUGUCUUGCGCAACUUUCAUCACUAUGAAUCCAGGAUAUGCUGGUCGUACGGAAUUACCAGACAAUUUAAAAGCACUGUUCCGACCAUUCGCUAUGAUGGUUCCAGAUUAUAAACUUAUUGCUGAAGUUACGCUGUAUUCAGAAGGAUUCGAAUCGUCAAAAUCGUUAUCGCAAAAAAUGACUCUGAUGUAUACACUUAGCAGCGAACAACUUUCCCAGCAGGAUCAUUAUGAUUUCGGCAUGAGGGCUGUAAAAAGCGUAUUGGUAAUGGCAGGUAGUCUUAAACGAAAUAAUCCUGAUAAACCAGAGGACGUUGUUUUAAUUAGAGCCUUGCGCGAGAGCAAUAUACCGAAGUUUUUACGCGAUGACGCUGAACUGUUCGAAGGUAUCGUAGGAGAUCUCUUUCCAGGCAUUGAAAUUCCAGAGGAAGAAUACGGUAUCCUACGGGACACAGCUAUCGAAAUAAUGAAGGAAGCCGGUUUACAGCCAGAAGUUUGCAUUUUGAAGAAAAUUACUCAGCUACAUGAAUGUUUGCAAGUGAGACAUGGAGUGAUGUUAGUUGGUCCAACUGGCUCUGGAAAAACGACAGUUCUGAGAACUCUUGCAAAUACUUACAGUCGACUGUAUGAAAUGGGUAUACCUGGACCGUGUUAUCAGCCAGUUCACGUAUAUCUAAUCAAUCCGAAAGCAGUUACGAUCGGUGAAUUAUACGGAAAAGUAGAUAUAAUGACCAACGAAUGGCAAGAUGGUUUAAUCGGCUUUACAGUUCGUCACGCAUGUUCCUUUACCACGGAAGACCAUCAAUGGAUCGUGUGCGACGGACCCGUCGAUGCCGUAUGGAUAGAAAAUAUGAACACCGUGUUAGAUGAUAAUAAAAUGUUGUGUCUGGCUAACUCCGAAAGAAUUAAAUUCACUCCUUAUAUGCGGAUGUUAUUCGAAGUUAUGGAUCUUGCCCAGGCAUCGCCUGCUACCGUCAGUCGUUGUGGAAUGGUGUAUGUCGAUCCUACAGAGUUAAAGUGGAUGCCUUACGUGAAAUCAUGGUUAGACACACUUCCUGAUGCUAUCGUAAGAAACGAACAUCGAUUACAGAUCAUCGAACUCUUCGAAAAAUAUUUCGAAGAAGGACUAAUAUUCUGCAGGAAAAAUUGUGUCUGCCCAAUUCUACAGGUUGAUAUUAGUAAAGCAAGUAUGACUUGUUCGAUAUUGGAAUAUAUUUUAAACGAACCAGAUGCGAUAGAAAGAACUACGGAAAAGGCGCGAAUUAGAACAUUUUUAGCUCAGUCAUUCGUCUUUGCCUAUCUUUGGGCUGUUGGCGGUAACGUUAACGAUGCCUCUCGAAGCGUGUUCGAAGCUUUUGUGAGAAAACAAUUUGAAGAUGAUGAAGAUGCAUUUUUGCCGUCGAUAGAUUUAUGGGAGAUUUAUGUAAACGUACAACAACAUCGAUUGGAUUCUUGGACGGAUAUUAUGCCACAAUUUAUAUACGACAGUGAAGUGCCAUUUUUCGAUAUUCUAGUACCAACUGUCGAUACUGUACGAUUUGGUUACUUAAUGAAGAAAUUAGUCGGAAUAAAUAAACCGGUAUUCUUUACCGGAGAUACUGGAGUUGGUAAAUCGGUAAUAACGAAAGUUGUUUUAAAUAAUUUGGAAGAUAGUCAGCUUUGGGUACCGAUCAAUUUGAUCUUCUCUGCUCAAACCAGCAGUGGCAGAACGCAAGAGAUUUUAGAACUAAAAUUGGAAAGAAGGAAAAGAACCGUGCUGGGGGCACCCAUUGGAAAAAGAGUGUGUGUAUUUGUCGACGAUGUCAAUAUGCCAAAAUUAGAUACAUACGGAUCCCAACCACCGAUCGAGCUGUUACGACAAUUACUAGAUUUCCACGGUAUGUACGAUAAAGAGAAGUUGUUCUGGAAGCAUAUAGAAGACGUUGUUUUCACUGUUGCGUGCGCUCCUCCUGGAGGAGGUAGAAAUCCAUUAACACCGAGAUUUGUGAGACAUUUUGCCAUGCUAUUUAUCCCAGCUCCUAUAGAACUGUCGCUAAAAGGGAUUUUCAAGGCAAUUAUGAACGGAUUUCUGGAAGAUUUUGUAGAGUCUGUUAAACAAAUCGGCGAUAGAAUAGUAAACGCAGCAGUCGAUGUUUAUCAAAGAAUCGCAACGGAUCUUUUGCCAACGCCAGAAAAAAGCCAUUACAUCUUUAAUUUGCGGGAUUUGUCGAAAUGUAUACAAGGUAUCAUGCAAGUUGACGCGGCGGUCAUUAAACAACCCAUCGAAAUGUACAGGCUCUUUUGUCACGAAUGUCUUCGUGUUUUCCACGACCGACUGAUCAACGUUCAGGAUAAGAGCUAUUUCCUUAAACUUCUAAACAACAUAUGUAUCAACGCAUUCGGUAUGGAAGUGAUGCGGCUUCCGGAUGAAGAAAUUAUCGAGAAACCACCGAUACUGUUAUUUGGUGACUUCAUGUCCUUCGGAGCAGCAAGAGAACAACGAAUUUACGAAGAGCUUACGGAAAUUUCAAAAGUUAGAAGAACUUUGGAGGAUUACUUGGAAGAUUAUCGUUUCUCCGUGGGAAAAGACAUGAGAAUUAUUUUCUUCAUGGAUGCUAUAGAACACAUCUGCAGGCUUGCAAGAAUUCUUCGUUCUGAAAGAGGCAAUGGCCUUUUAAUCGGUGUCGGUGGAAUGGGAAAGCAAAGUCUGACAAGAUUAGCAUCUCAUUUAAAUGGUUACAAAUGUUAUCAAAUAGAAGUUACGCGUACGUACGAUAAAAAUUCAUGGCACGAAGAUCUUCGCCGAUUUUAUUUCGAGCCAGGUACCGAGGCUAAACAUACAACGUUUUUAUUCACCGACACUCAGAUUGUGUUAGAAGAAUUUUUAGAAGACAUCAAUAAUACACUUAAUACAGGCGAAGUACCAAACUUGUACGAAGCAGAUGAACUUGAAAAAGUUAUCAUAGCUACCAGGCCUGCGGCGAAACAAGCAGGGAUUCACGAAGGAAACAGAGACGCAAUUUAUCAAUAUUUCAUUGGAAGAGUUAGAAAUCAACUUCACUUAAUGAUCUGUAUGAGUCCUAUAGGCGACUCUUUUAGACGUCGCUGUCGUAUGUUUCCUUCAUUGGUAAAUUGUUGCACCAUUGAUUGGUUUACGAAGUGGCCGGAUGAUGCCCUUUUAUCGGUAGCAGAAAGUUCAUUGGCCACAAUCGUUCCAAAGGAUUCGGGAAAGCUUACUAACCUUAGUAUCAUGUGCGUCUUGAUCCAUGAGAGCGUGGAAGAAGUAACAGCUCGAUUCUUCAUAGAAAUGCGUCGAAGAUAUUAUACCACACCGAGCAGCUAUUUAGAGCUUUUAAAGCUAUUUCAAACAACUUUAGAAAGGAAGAAGAAAGAAAUAGAGUUGCUGAAAAGUAAAAUUGCCAAUGGACUCAACAAACUGCGAGAAACCAAUGAGAUGGUUGGCGUAAUGAAGGAACAAUUGAUAAUUCUUGCCCCAAAGCUCAAAACAAGUACCGACGAAGUAUCGAACCUGGUGAGAAUCCUUGCGAAGCAGCAAGUCGAAUGUGACAAAGUGAAGUAUGUCGUAAUGGCUGAAGAAGAAGUAGCAAAAGCGAAAGCCGAAGAAACGGCGACUUUAGAAGCUGAUGCUAGGCAAGACUUGGAAGCAGCAAUGCCGGCUUUACUGGAAGCUCAAAAAGCAUUAGAAGCUUUAAAUAAAAGCGAUAUUAAUGAAAUUCGCGUAUUUCAUAAACCACCUCACCUAGUGCGUUUUGUCAUGGAAGCAGUAAAUUUACUGUUGGGUGAAAAGACAGAUUGGCCAACCGCAAAAUUAGUCUUGGGUGACAUACAUUUUCUUGACCGCUUAAUGGCUUAUCCUAAGGACGACAUAAGCGAUAAACUUUUAGAAAAGUUACAAGAAUAUAUCCAACAUCCAGAAUUUCGACCAGAUUUAGUGGCUAGACAAAGUAAAGCUUGUAGAUCGAUGUGCAUCUGGGUGAGAGCAAUGGAUGGAUAUGCUAAAAUCUACAGGGUGGUCGAGCCAAAGCGACAAAGAUUGCACAAAGCUGAAGAAGAAUUGCGAGAGAUAGAAGAAGUUCUUGCUUUGAAACAGCAAGAACUCGUUACGGUGGAGAAUAAGAUCAAGGAGUUGCAGAAACAAUACGAUGCAGCGAUAGAAAAUUUAAAUAAAUUAGAAGCUGAAAUGGAAUUAGCGGAAACAAGAUUGAAUAGAUCUGGACGACUGACAUCUGCGUUGGUGGAUGAACGAGUUCGAUGGGAAGAAUUAACGCGCGGUUUUGACAAGCAAAUUAUCAACUUGACUGGCGAUACAUUGGUAGCUGCUGGAGCCCUUGCUUACCUAGGUGCUUUUACAAAUGAGUACAGAGAGGAAUUAAUACAAACUUGGUUAUCCAGUUGCAAAGACUACGAUAUUAAAACUACAGAGAACUAUAGUCUCAUUGCAAUACUAGUCGAUGCUUAUGAAAUUCGUCUCUGGAAUACGUAUGGUUUACCACGGGACAAAGUUAGCACAGAAAAUGCGAUCUUUGUAACACAAGCUAGUCGUUGGCCUUUGAUGAUUGAUCCCCAAGAGCAAGUAACUGCAGCAACUUUUCUAAUAUGUUUUAAGUUAUUCGAAUCUAAUAUCGUUUCCCAGCAAUAUUCUAUUUGCAUUCAGGCAAAUAGAUGGAUACGGAACAUGGAACAAGAAAACAAUUUAAAAAUAUGCAAGCUGACGGAUACACAUUUAAUGAGGAUACUAGAAGCGUCCAUAAGGCUUGGAACUCCUGUAUUAAUUCAAGAAGUAGGAGAAGUAUUGGACCCAAGUUUGGAACCUAUCCUACUUAAACAAAUCUUUACUCUAGGUGGUAGGACAUUGAUACGAUUUGGCGAUAUAGACGUCGAAUAUGACAGUAAUUUCAAAUUAUACAUUACGACGAAAAUCGCGAAUCCUCAUUAUUUACCAGAGAUCUGUAUUAAAGUAACGAUAGUUAACUUUACCGUAACUAUGGCAGGCCUCGAAGAACAGAUACUCGCAGAUGUGGUACGUCUCGAAAGACCAGACUUGGAAACAAUGAGGAAUGAUUUAAUAAUAAAAAUCAAUGCGGACAAAGGUCAAUUGCAAAGUAUCGAAGACAGAAUAUUGACUUUGUUAUAUGGUGCAGGCGAUGAUAUUUUGGACAAUGAAGACUUAAUAGAAACCUUAAAUGACAGUAAAGAAACUUCUGCAAUUAUUGCAACGAGAUUAAUUGAAAGUGAAGCGACUGAGAAAAAAAUCACAGUUGCGCGCGAAAAAUAUCGAUCUGUUGCGAAUCGUGGAUCAGUCUUGUAUUUCGUAGUUGCAAACCUCGCGAACAUAGAUCCCAUGUACCAAUUUUCGUUAAAGUACUUCAGUCAAUUAUUUAACACGGUAAUCGAAACCACGGAAAAAGAGGCUGAUUUGCAGCGGCGUUUGCAGACCUUAUUGAAUGAAAUAACAUUAGCUAUCUACACAAAUGUUUCACGAGGUCUAUUUGAGAAACACAAGUUGAUAUUUAGUUUCAUGCUCAAUAUUGCAGUACAUAUAAACGAGCAGAUCGUGUCUCAGGCGCAAUGGAAUUUUAUGUUGCGGGGGCCAACACGAAUUGUCGUGGAAGAAAUUCCAAAUUAUCCAUCUUUAACGCCUAAAAUGUGGACUUCGAUUAAUUAUUUAGCUAAUACGUUUAACAAAUUUAAAAAUGUUUUAAACGACGCAUUUAAGAAGAUUCCGUUAACUCUUGGAUAUUUUAAGGAGGAAAUUAAUAUAAUCCCUACCAAUCAAACAAUCGCUAUGCAAAAUUGGGAUGAGAUAUUAACCGACAUUGAAAAAUUAAUGUUGAUAAAAUCAUUGAAGGAGGAGGUAUUAAUUUUUGCAAUCACAGCCUACGUAUCGAACAAUUUAGGACCAAAAUUUGUAGAAUCACCUAUGGCAACAUUGCAACUUCUAUUUGCAGAUACAUCAAAUAAAAUACCAUUGAUCUUCAUACUUACAACUGGAUCAGAUCCCUUCAGUGCUUUUCAAAAAUUCGCACAUGAUAUGGGUUUUUCCGAUAGAUGUGAUUCCAUUUCUUUGGGUCAAGGCCAAGGUCCCAUUGCAGAAGGACAUCUACGAGCAGGCACCAUCGAAGGUAGAUGGGUGUUUUUACAGAAUUGUCAUCUAGCUGUAUCGUGGAUGAUCAAUAUGGAGCAACUUAUAUUGGAGAUUGCUGAGGAACCAGAGGGAAUAAUUCAUAAUGACUUUCGAUUAUUUCUGAGUUCGAUGCCGAGUGCUGCUUUUCCAGUUUCCGUUCUUCAAAAUUCCGUAAAAGUUACAAAUGAGCCACCAAAAGGACUGAAGGCCAAUAUCAAGAGAGCAUUACAUGAAUUGGACGAAGAAUAUUUUGAACAUCAUCAUUUAGGCGAAAGCUGGCGCCGAAUUAUAUUCGGAAUUUGCUUUUUCCACGCAAUUAUUCAGGAACGAAAAAAAUUUGGACCCCUAGGAUGGAAUAUUCUGUAUGAAUUUAACGACAGCGACAGAGAAUGUUGUUUGCUAAAUUUGAAAUUAUUUUGUGUCCAAGAUCGUAUACAUUGGAAUGCAUUAAUAUACACUACAGGUGAAAUUACUUAUGGGGGUAGGGUUACAGACAGUUGGGACUUAAGAUGUAUGAAAACCAUCUUAGCUAUUUUCUUUUCUCCUAAAUCUUUGGAUAUCAAUUAUGUCUAUUCGCCAUCUGGGAAGUAUUACUGUCCUGUUUACAAUACCCUACAAGAGUAUCAAGAUUUUGUAGAAACUUUUCCUAUAAUUGAUGAUCCAGAAAUUUUUGGAAUGCAUGAAAAUGCAAAUAUUGCUUAUCAGUUAAAAGAAGCACAAUUUGUACUAAAUACCAUUUUGGAAGUACAACCACAAGAAUCUAUCACAGAUCAAGAUAAAUCUAGUUCAGAUGUAGCAUAUGAAAUUGCUGACAUGAUAAAGGAUAGAAUUCAAUUGCAAAUAGAUAUUACAAAAUGUAACCCAGAGCACUUGAAAAGAGAUUCAAUGGGAAGACUUCCAUCCUUAAGUACUGUUCUUGUUCACGAGGUUGAUAGGUAUAAUAUACUUCUAAAGAAGAUACAUAUAUCAAUAGAAAAUUUACAACGUGCCAUCAAAGGUUUUGUUGUUAUGUCUGAGGAAUUAGAAAACGUUUUUGUGGCUCUUGUCAAUAAUCAGGUACCACAAAUGUGGCAUAAUGUAAAUGUCUAUCCAUCAUUAAAAACCUUAGGAAGCUGGAUAAGGAACUUAGAGCUAAGGAUUGACUUCAUUCAAAUUUGGUUGAUUGAUAUAAAGCCAAUUUCUUUUUGGAUUUCGGGUUUAUCCUUUCCACAAGGAUUUUUAACUGGCAUGUUACAAACAUGUGCUAGAAAGUAUAACAUUCCUAUAGACCACCUAAAGUUGGAUUUUAUUGCUACCAAAGUUGUUCUUGAUCAAGAAGAUAUUGAAAUAGAGCACAAAAAGGCUGAAAAGGAGGUAAUACAGGUAUAUAAAAACUUACAAGUACCUGAAGAUGGAGUUUUAAUACAUGGGUUAUUUAUUGAUGCCGGUAGAUGGGAUUUUGGAUCCAUGCUUUUAGUAGACGCAAAUAUAGGUGAAAUGAAUCCAUCUCUUCCAGUUUUACAUAUAAAUCCAGUAUUAGAAUUACCAAAAGAUGAUUCAAGAUAUGUUUGCCCUUUGUAUAAAACAGCAGUUCGAGCAGGUGUAUUAUCCACAACUGGACAUAGUACUAAUUUUGUUGUUGCAGUUCUACUUGCUUCUGAAAAAGAACAAUCAUACUGGAUUUUAAAAGGAACUGCUCUUUUGAUUGAAAUUGUAAAUUAAAUUUCCUAUGUUAUAACACAUAUACUAAUUCAUGAUUGAGAUGUAAUAAUUAAAAACAUAAAUUUAAGUAAUUCUAUAUAUUUAUAUUUAUGUUAUAUACAUACUUCACAAUAUAAAGCUUUUAAACUAAUGUUA